AUGUCGGAUCUUCAACCAGUCUUAGGCUUUCUCUUGUCACCUUCAGGAGUGUGUGGGCGGGAAUACAAAACUGAAAGUGAAUUUGGAUUGCAGGAACAAGCUAGAAAAGCAUUAGAAGGUGCAUUAAGUGGUAAGAAAAAUGAAUUUGACAAGUGGGAUAAAGAAAUUAAAAGAAGGGAAGAGCUUGGAGGUGGGGGAGACACUGGUGGAGGUGGUUGGUUUGGGUGGGGUGGACGAUUUGGCUGGUCCAAUGAUGAUAGUUUUUGGCAAGAAGCGAAACAAGCUGGUCUUACUAUAAUAGCUCUCGUUCUAGUAGUAAGAAGUUUCCUCAUUCCUGUCUUAACUCACUUUCUGUAUCUUCUAGUUGCAAAAGGUGAUUUGUUCCUUGCUGUCAUCCUCAAUCCAUUGCUAUAUGCACUUCGGGGAGUGAGAAAUGGAUUUAGUUUCAUAUUAUCUAAAGUCUUGAAAAACACUUCUACCAGCAAUCACGCUGAUUUUGAUGGACUUCUAAAGAAGAAAGCUUAUCAGCAAACUUCUGCCAAGGAGAAUGUUGCCAUUUGGGUGGUUUCCAACUGCAAAAGCAUGGGUGAUGACAAAGGCAAGCAGGGUGCAUCAGACGCUCCCGAAAUGAAGCACGCCGGCAAAACGGCCCAAGAGGAGGAAAGUGGCGAUGAACGAGGGCCGGGUCUCAGUAGACACAUGAGUGAAGGUUCCGUUCCUGUCACUGAGGAAGAAGACGAGGAUGUCGAGAGGAAGCUUGACUUAGGUCCCCAGUGCACUUUGAAAGAGCAACUCGAAAAGGAUAAGGAUGAUGAGAGCUUGAGGAGGUGGAAGGAACAGCUUCUUGGCAGUGUUGACAUUAACGCUGUUGGUGAAUCUCUGGAGCCAGAUGUGAAGAUCCUGAGCCUUGCAAUCAAGGCAGCUGGUAGACAAGACAUUGUUCUUCCCAUACCACAGUCAGGAAAUCCCGAAGGUUUAUGGUUUACUCUGAAAGAAGGUAGCCGUUACAGUCUGAUGUUCACUUUCCAGGUCAGCCAUAACAUUGUUUCAGGUCUCAAAUACACCAACACUGUAUGGAAAACCGGUCUCAAGGUUGACAGCACUAAAGAGAUGAUUGGAACAUUCAGCCCUCAAGCAGAACCUUACACCCAUGAGAUGCCUGAAGAGACAACACCAUCAGGACUCUUUGCUAGAGGGACAUAUUCAGCUAAAUCCAAGUUUGUUGACGAUGAUAACAAGUUGUAUUUGGAGAUCAACUACACUUUUGAUAUUCGGAAGGAUUGGCUUUAG